AGUUUGCACCUUGGAGAUGCAAUACGUAUUGAGACCUUCAGUGAAUGUUUGUAUUAUCUCCUUCAAUUAUUCUCGAUUAAACUGUCAAAAUAAUGCAGUAUGGAGAUUAUCAGGCGAAUUGUUACACGAAUGAAACUCCUGAGGAGAUACAAGAUCAGCACAAACACAAGACAACGAAUGGUGGCUCUGAUCUGCUGUCUAUUUCUCGUUCAACUAUUUGCUCUGACGUUUGGACAAACACUGAUUUUUAUGUGUGGGACUGCAUUGGGGGUGUUCUGUGCUGUGAAACUUCGGGAAAAGCCCUCUGUUGUUCAGUGGGAAAGUGUCAUUCCUUUCCUUCCCCAUGUUGCAAAAGACAGGGAUCUUCUCCAAAUUGACAAUGAAAAGGAUAAAGGUGAUCACAGAAAUGCAGUAAAUGGAGCUUGUGAAGAGUUAAAAGAAACCAUUCAGCCAAUAAAAAUAAGAACGACUUUCCAAAAUGAAAUGAACGAAUACAUUCGACUGAUGUUGCGUGACUUUGUUGUUGGAUGGUACAGGCUUUUAAGCGAUGAUGAUCAGUUCUCUCACAAUGUAUUUCUACAUUUCAAGGACAUGAUAAAGAACAUCAAAAGUAGAUUUCUCAAAAUUGAUCAAAGAACUUUUCUUUGCAUUCUCCUUCGUGAGCUUCAAGCUCACAUUGACAUAUAUCGCAGACUACAAACAAGCCGAUCUCGCUUAGCCAGUAAAUCUAGUAAGUUAGGGCGGAUCGCUAAGAAACACUCUGUUGUGUCCAUUUAUGAAACCUUUGCGACCCUCCAUCCAGCAUUGCAGAAUGAAGAUACUGAGAAAGAUCACCUCUCGCAGUUAUCUAAUGCCUUAAUUCUUUCCCUCUUGCCAUCUGAUGUGAUUCACUGUGAUACUCUAGUGUUCCUCUUACAGGACAUCCUUAUCAACAAUGUCCUGCAACCUCUGGUAAAUCUCAUUUCGGAGCCAGACUUCUUAAACGAGGCAUUCAUUCUCCUGAUGAUAGAUGAGCCACUGGGGGAGGGCAGGCAGAAUUCAUCUGAACAUGCUGAAAGGCUUGUGAAACGGGAACCAACACAUCCUCCUGAAAUCGAAUGUGAAAUUGAAAGCAAGUGUGAUAAAGAUCUCCAAGACAAUAGACAUAGAAGUGACAUGGAAAGUCUUGAUAUUGCCGUAUCGCCUAGUAGUAGUACUGCAGAUUCUCGGGACUUGGGGCAAAAUGCCAGUACUUCAACUCAUGGUCAGAACAGCUUACUGAAUACAAUAGAUACAGAGGUCAAUAUACAACAUCCACCUGAUAACGGUGGAGAUGAAAUGAUAGAGGUUGAGAAACCAACACCAUCUCCAUUUGAAGUCAUUGAGCCUCAACAACAGUUCAGCUUUCCCAUGCCAAUGACGAUGCUAGAACCUAGCAAGGUCAUUUCAAGGCAGGCAGAUGAAAAGGCAUCCAAAGAAGAUGGACUAGAUCAGAUAUCCGGAGAGCUGGAUUUUCCAAAUGUAGAACCAAGUUUAAAGGUCAAAUCUCAUCGGCGGUCUGCCUCCACGGGUUCGAAUGUCCUAGCCAUUCAGACUCCCGUGUCACAAUCAGUUGGGACUUUCCAUGACCAUAAGGCAAAUGAUGCUUCUCUCCAGUCAUCCAGAAUUGAAGGUAUGAGGUCUUGCUUCAGUGCUGAGUGCCUUACAGAGUUAGAGGAUUCUGUCUCGACUUCUCAAGGGACGCUACUUACCAUGGGGCAAUCAUUCCAAUCAGCGUCUUCCCUGAGCAGUUCAUGUGAGAUAUCUUUCAGCUCUAUGCAGGAUGAGCCAGACACCGAUGGACACCCAGUUAAUGCAGAGGCAGAUAUUGGACGUGGUUCUCCCCAACAAACUUCUCCUAGUCACAGGUAUCCCCUCAUCAGAAGUGAAACAGCUCCAGAGCUUCUUCAUCCUGCACGCAAUAUCCUGGACCACAGCAAUGGUAGUGAAAUACCCUUAGAAUGGGCCACAUGGAGAGUUAUCAACCUGAACAUUCCUACUACCAGCUGGCUAGGUGAUCCCAAAGGAAAGAAACCUGUUGUCUACUUCAUCAUUAAAUAUGAUCUAUUGAAAAAGCCUACAUUGUCUGAUGAAACGGAACCAGCGUACAGCAGCAAGGAUGAGAUGGAAGUCCAGAGGCGUUACAGGGAGUUUGUUAAUCUGCACACUAGAAUAACAAACAAUCCUCAUCUCAGGAGGAAUAUGACUGGCAUUGGAAACAUUCCUAAGCAGUCAAUGUUGCCAAUCAGUAGACUAAGCCCCGCCAUGGAGGAACAGAAGAGAUCCUCAUUGGAAACAUACCUCAAGCAAUUAUUGAGUCGUCCUGUCAUUCACAACAGUAGAGAGAUGGCUGAGUUCUUGGCCAUCGAUGGAGAUGGUCAUAUAGAGUUUGUGAAGAAAACUACCAAUAAACCUCUAAGAAUCGAUAAGCUUCUGAUCAAUCAGGUAUCGGGCAUCGUUGGUACAAUAAAAACCAUCCUACCUGAACGACCAGUGAUGAUGCGGCCCUUCCAACCACAGCCAACAACAGCUUCCUCAUUGGCAACCUCUGCCCAUGUGGACCCACCAAGGCAAGUGAUGCAGUCAUAUGACCAGAGUGGACCAGUGACAGAAGAGAUUGAGGUAUCAAGACAGCCUCUGGAAGGAGAGGACCAAUUGGAUCUUGGUGUAGCAGUUGAUGCAUCAAGGAUCAGACUCUUUGGCUUGGAUGAUAUAAAAGAGUCCCAUGUACAACAGGCCAUGAAGCUCCUGAUCAGUGAGAAACACUCCCAGUUCAGCCAACAUGCACCAUCGGGCGAUCCACCUAAAGAAUACAGCAAGGUGCUUCUUGGGCCCAGGUCAGAAGGCGAUGGAUCAGAUGCUCCCAAUGAACCCCAUAACGAAGGGUCAAAGGUUAAGAAGGAUCAGGAGAGGUCAGAGGUCAAUGUAGAGGUUUAUGAAGCUAUCUUUGGGGUAAUGAGUGAAGCUCUUCUGAAUCAGCAGAGUUUUAUCCUGGACAAGGACCUACGUGGGACCCUGAAGAUUGUCAUAGGAGACCUGAUUGAUAAGUGAGUUCAUUCUAUUCUGGAUUCCUAACAUGGUUUAUAAUCAAAAUUUAUGUAAUGGUCAAGUCCACCCCAACAACAGGUUGAUUUGAGAAAAAUUGAAAAUCUAAAGUGAAAGAAGCGUAGCAAUGGAAAACUUUUUUUAAAUAUUUGCUGUAAAAAGAGAAAACUAUUUUUUUAAUUGUUAGCAUGUCAUUUUCAAAAGCCAAAUUUGCAGUAUGUAUGCAGAAUUUAUUCAUUUCCUGUGGCCAGAUAUUUGUGUAGUUUCAGUGUGUUGUCAAGCACUUCUGUAAUUAUGCUGCAUUUACUGUAAGGGCACUUUAAUAGAAACUUCCGAUAAAGAGGCAUUAGUACGGAGCCCGGGAAGAGACGUGGUAAAAAUAUUUUUAUCUCGUUAAAACGAGAUAGUUAUCUCGUUUUAAUGAGAUAGUAUCUCGUUAAAACGACAUAGUAUCUCGUUUUAAUGAGAUAGUUAUCUCGUUUUAAUAAUAAUAAUAAUAAUAAUAGUUGGAUUUAUAAAGCGCUUUUUGCCAGAGGAUACAAAGCGCUGCUAUUAUUACCCCGGCUUUAGCUCGAGCUACCAUCACCGGCGCUCAGUGCAUGCAAGGAAUUACUCCUGCCGGGUACCCAUUCACCUCACCUGGGUCGAGUGCAGCACAGUGUGGAUAAAUUUCUUGCUGAAGGAAAAUACGCCAUGGCUACGAUUCGAACACACGACCCUCUGUUUCAAAGGCGAGAGUCAGAACCACUAGACCACGACGCACCCACUGAGAUAGUAUCUCGUUUUAAUGAGAUAGUAUCUCGUUAAAACGACAUAGUAUCUCGUUAAAACGAGAUAGUUAUCUCGUUUUAAUGAGAUAGUAUCUCGUUAAAACGACAUCGUAUCUCGUUUUAAUGAGAUAGUUAUCUCGUUUUAAUGAGAUAGUAUCUCGUAUAAGUCCAUUGCAUACUGGAACCGGGUGGUCCCUGUAUUAAGCCUAUGGGAGUGAGAGAAUUCAGUAGUCCACGGGUUAACAACAUAAUACCCGCGAGGCUAGACUAGACUGCGCGCGCUGGCGCUAGCGCGCUCGCUGCUUAAUGCAGUAAUAGCGUAUAUAGCCAGGCAGCCAUGCCAUGCCAGGCCUUGUACGUAUGUACUACUAAGUUACGUCUACGGUAGAUCGACUGAAUUCAACCAGAAGUUGCCGGUUGCAAUCGCGAGGAUUGAAGGUUAGUUCACUUCUUUUACUUAUUUAUGGCCGGGUCAUUCAAUGUAAAAGUGAACAAACAGCUAAUUUAACAGAUUUGCUCUUUUUCGCGAUCAGUUCUAGAUCUGUGUAACGUUAAUUUUAAGACUGCUCAAUUAGCAGACUGCAGUCCCCAUCGGAAGCGCCCUGUUCUGGGGCCCGACGCUUCAGGCUCUCCGCGGUCUGGGUCUGGGACCCUGGCCUUGGGCUUGGCCUGCUGGGAAGGCUGUGGUCAUUUUGCAAGCUAGAGACAAAGUAAACUAGAUCUAGACGUUACUUUUUUACGUGCUCGCAUUGCAGUAGAAGUGUGGAAUUUUCGUAUGUAUAGAUCUAGACUAGUCUAGAUAUACGAGGAAAAAGCAAGCAAAUGUCAGAAUUGU